AUGGCUCUGCGAAAUUUGUUAAUGCUCUUCCUGGCACUACCAACUUUCUCAAUUGCCGCGACACUCUACGCCACCCAUUACGACGGCAACGUCUACAGGCUCUCGCUUGAAGGCGAAGGUGAUGAUAUUUCUCUCAAGCAGACUCAAGUGCUGCAGACAUGCGGUAAAGCCCCGAGCUGGCUCACAGUCGACCCUGAACGUGGGCUCCUAUGGUGCUCUGAUGAGUCGUCGCCGGGGACUUUGACGUCGUUAGAGAUUGGAAAUGGGGGGGCUUUGAACGAGCUGGUGAAAAUCGCUACUCCCAAUGGCGGUGUCAAUAGCAUCAUUUAUCGUGGAGAGAAUGAUAAAAAUUACUUAGCUAUUGCGCAUUAUGGCGACGCCUCAAUCUCCACAUGGGAGAUCCCAUUCAGGGAUAAGCAAGAAGUGAGGCCCUAUGAGGUGUUGAACUUUACCCUCAAUAAUCCUGGCAAUGCCCCCCAGGACCAGUCUCGCCCGCAUCAAGUUCUUCUCGACCCCACGGGAUCAUUCCUCGUGUCGCCUGAUCUAGGGGCUGAUUUAGUCCGUGUGUUUCUGAUAGACAAACCGACGGGCAAACUAAAUGCGUGUGACUCGAUCGCUUACGAAGAAGGCAGCGGGCCGAGAUUUGGAAUUUUCAUGGAUUCGGCGAAGAAUGCGCAAGAAAAAAAGACUACGUUUUACACAGUCGAAGAGCUAGGCAGCCGAUUGUGCUCAUUUGACGUGUCGUAUGUAGAAGGAAGUUGCCCGAAAUUCAAGGAACUGAGCUGUUUCGUUCCUUAUCCUGGCUAUAAGCUCCCCACGAACACGGCUACACUAUCUGAAGUACAGGCGGGUAAACAGAUUCUGCAUGUUUCCGUGAGGAAGGAUGGUCACUUUGAUGGGAAUGACUCUCUAGUGACGUUGAAACUUGCGUCGGAUGGAACGAUCGCUCGAGAAGUAUCACUCAUUUCAUCAGGCGGCGUUAUGCCUCGAGCGUUCGCGAUUAAUGGGAAAGGAGAUUAUGUCGCUGUAGCUAACCAGGAGACGUCGAAUGUCGUAAUCCUGAAGAGAAACCCAAGCACUGGGGAAUUAUUGAAGGAAGUAGCCUCUCUGCAAGUUGGACUGAUGCCAGAGCCUGGUCAGUGGAUGGGAUUGAGCAGCAUCCUGUGGUAUGAGUAA